CAAGUGUCCUAAACAAAAAAACCACUGGUGGUUUUCUACGUUGAACCGCUGGUUUCCCCAUCUCGUAUACCCUUUCCUUAUAUAGCUACUUCGGCUGAUGGUGUGAAUCAGUGCGUACUCAGACCAAAACGACGUCUCUGAAUAAACCUUCCUUCAUUUGUCUCUACUCUCUUCACUUUUCUUUUUCUCGCUGAGAUGGGGAGAGGUAAAAUAGUGAUAAGGAGGAUCGACAACUCGACGAGCAGACAAGUAACGUUUUCGAAGAGAAGGAACGGAUUGUUGAAGAAGGCGAAGGAGUUGGCGAUCCUGUGCGACGCGGAAGUAGGAGUGAUGAUCUUCUCCAGCACCGGCAAGCUCCACGAUUUCUCCAGCACCAGCAUGAAAUCAAUAAUUGAACGUUACAACAAAUCAAAAGAAGACCAUCAUCAACUAGGGAACCCAGCCUCUGAAGUCAAGUUCUGGCAACAAGAAGUGGCAAUAUUAAGGCAACAGUUGCAGAGUUUGCAAGAAAAUCAUCGGCAAAUGAUGGGUGAAGAGCUUUCUGGUUUGAGUGUAAAGGAUCUGCAGAAUUUGGACAGCCAAUUGGAAAUGAGUCUUCGAGGUGUUCGUAUGAAAAAGGACCAGAUUCUAAUGGAUGAAAUACAUGAACUAAACCGAAAGGGGAAUCUCAUUCACCAGGAAAAUGUGGAACUCUAUAAGAAGGUAAACCUAAUUCGUCAAGAAAACAUCGAAUUGAAUAAGGUCUAUGGUACAAGGGAUGUGAAUGGAGCAAACAGAAACUCACUGCUUACCAGCAAUCUAGGCGUUGGCGAGGAUUCGCAUGUGCCUGUCCAUCUCCAGCUUAGCCAGCCUCAGCAACAAAAUUAUGAGACACCAGCAAGAGCAACAAAAUUGGGCAGACUACAAUUGCAAUAACGAAGUAUAUGCAACAAAGUGGGAAAGCUGUUGCUCGUUUUCUAUCAACAUUGCAAGUUAUGCUUCUAUUAGUGAGAUGUGGUAUGUAAACCACAUACCUUUCAGUUAAAAGACUUUGGUUUGAAAAUGAUUAAAAAUCUAACUUUAGUGUUGUGUUAUGAUGAAGGAACCCUGCUAUUUAUGUAAAGAUAAA